AAUGAUGAAAAGCGGCGAGAAAAGAGAAGAAAUCAUUACAUUGGCCAUCGACAGAGACAAAGAGAGUCAGAACGCAUUGAAAUGGACGGUAGACAACCUUGUUAGCAAAGGCCAGACUCUUAUUCUUCUUCACGUCAAACUCAAACAGUUCCCUUCUCUUCCCUAUUCAGGGUCUUACCCAAAUAGGUCAGGCGAUGACGGGACAGAAUUGUUUCUUCCAUUCCGCUGCUAUUGUGCUAGAAAAGACGUCCUCUGCCAAGACGUGAUUGUGGAGGACAUAAGUGCGGCUAAAGGAAUACUUGAUUAUGUUCAAAAGAAUGCAAUCGAGACUCUAGUACUCGGUGCAUCCAAAAUGAAUCUUUUAAGGUUCAAAGCAGCGGAUGUUUCAAACACCGUCAUGAAAAGGGCACCGAGUUUCUGUACAGUUUAUGCAAUCUCUAAAGGAAAAAUCUCCUCCAUGAAGUCUGCAACAUCUUCACUUCCCAACUCCACGAUGCGGAGCAAUAUGAAUGUUGAAAGGAGGCAACAUACAAUGCAUAGAAUACAUGACGAGAUCCAGAUAGAGAUUAAAAGAGGAUACGAAGGCAGAUACCAGCCCUCAAUGACAGACUCCGACAUAUCAUUUGUGAGUAGUGGAAGACCAAGCGUGGAUCUUAUGUUCCCUUCCUUUGAUGACCAUAUUGAGGUUCCCCGCCUCUCAGUCAACUCUGAUUAUGAAGAAAAUCGUAUUAGUUUUGCAACCUCAUCCUCUUCGGAUAAGCAGUCCAUCGAUCUUGGCUCUUCAUAUACAGCCUUCUCUUCAAGCUCCGGGAGACCUUCAUGUUCCCUAUCUACCCAAGAUGAGAUUGAAGCCGAGAUGAGAAAGCUGAAAAUGGAGCUAAAGCAUACAAUGGACAUGUAUAACAGUGCAUGCAAGGAAGCAAUCUCUGCUAAGAAGGCAGCUACUGAGUUACACAAGUGGAAAGCAGAUAAGGAACGUAAACUCGAAGAGGUAAGACUUUCGAAGGAAGAAGCAAUGGCAAUGGCUGAGAGUGAGAAAGAAAAGAGCAGAGUAGCCAUUGAAACUACAGUAGCAGCUCACAGAAUAGCAGAACUUGAAGCUCAAAAGACAAAGCAUAUUAUUGAGGAAAAUAACAAGUCUGUAGUGAAAACAACUGAUUUGAUAUACAGAAAAUAUAUAAUUGAGGAGAUUGAAGAAGCCACUGAAGAUUUUUCACCGAGUCGAAAGAUUGGAGAAGGAGGCUAUGGUCCUGUUUACAAGGGAACACUGGAUUUUACUCAAGUGGCAAUAAAAGUACUAAGACCAGACGCAGCACAGGGAAGGUCUCAGUUCCAGCAAGAGGUUGAAGUGUUAACCUCUAUGAGACAUCCAAACAUGGUUCUCCUACUUGGAGCAUGUCCGGAAUACGGAUGUUUAGUCUAUGAAUACAUGGCAAACGGUAGCUUAGACGACUGUCUUUUCAGACGAGGAAACUCUCCAGCCCUUUCUUGGCAGCUAAGAUUUCGCAUAGCAGCUGAAAUCGCAACCGGUCUUCAUUUCCUCCACCAGAUGAAACCGGAGCCUCUGGUGCACCGUGACCUUAAACCAGGAAACAUUUUGCUUGACCAGCAUUACGUCAGCAAGAUCUCUGAUGUUGGCUUGGCCAGGCUAGUCCCUCCAUCGGUUGCUGACACUGCAACUCAAUAUAGAAUGACGUCAACAGCUGGAACAUUCUGUUACAUUGAUCCAGAAUACCAGAAGACCGGCAUGUUGGGGACUAAAUCAGACAUUUACUCGUUUGGGAUUAUGCUUUUGCAAAUACUUACAGCUAAGCCACCAAUGGGUUUGACUUAUCACGUCGAGAGAGCAAUCGAAAACAGAACUUUCGCUGAGAUGUUAGACCCUUCUGUGCCUGACUGGCCACUCGAAGAGGCCUUGGUUGCCGCCAAACUUGCUGUACAGUGUGCUGAGUUAAGACGCAAAGACAGACCUGACUUGGGGAAUGUUGUUUUGCCUGAGCUUAACAGACUCAAGACACUAGCUGAAGAAAGCAUGCUCCCCACUAACAUUGGCGGAAGCAAACGACCUACAAGGAACCGGAAUAAUAAUAUCUACAUCAAAAGUCCAUUGUCCACGACUUCACUACAUGUAUGAAUCAACAAAACACCUUUUUUAGAAUUUUUUUUGAAGAUGCCUUUGGUUUCUAAGCUAUAUUUUUCUCUUUUGCAGGAAAUUAUGAGUGGUCCACAGCUACAUUAUGCAUCUGAUACCCCAAGUAUCCACAAAAAAAUUGCAUCUUGAGGAGAAAAAUCCAAAGUAAGAACAUGUACAUGGAGAGGAAGGCUAAACGUUUUUGGUCAACAAAUUUUAUACACCGAACAUUUUAACAGAGUAAUCUGUUUAUAUGAUGUUGGGGUUUUAGAGUUCCUAUGAUGUUAACACUAAACCCUUGUACACUUCAGAAUCUAUACGAACAUUUUUUCUCAUUUCGAGAAUGCAAUUGAGACAGUUCGUUUCUCGAUAUAAUAUCUACAUGAACUUUUAUUUGUUUGCUUAUUUGAUGUACAUUUUGAUAUCUCUCUAUGAGUUUAUUAAGAAAACUAGUGGUAUUUUCCGGCGCUACGCGCCGAGUUCGUAUAUUUUUUUAUUAUAUGAAUUUACAGUUUAUUUUAUGGUCUUAGUAAAUAGAAUAUGUUCAAAAAUAUGAAAAUGAAAAUAUGUUGAAAGACAAUGAUAUAUUUUUCCUAUC